AGAAUCAGAGAGAGAAGGAAGGCAGAAACACUGGAGAGAGAUAAAGUUGCCUGCAGCUGGAGUUUGAGUCUGUAAGAGCGACCGUGCUGCUUUACUUCUGCUCACAGGCUGUUUGCAGGACACACGGGGACUGGCUGGGGAAAAAAGAGGAUUUAAUCAGCUGAAGUGUGUGCUUGAGAAGGAAAAGAGAGGAGAAGGGAGGAGAAGAAGGGAAUAGCUGCUCAGAUCAUGAGAGUGGAUGCCGUCUUUCCUGGGGUCAGAUUUCACAAAAUGAGAGACCACUGCACUACUGCAGGGCGCAAGCAACAGAGCAAGGAUGCCGUCUGCUAGCACCAUGACUGGCGGGAGAGCACUGCUGCUCUGUACAAACACGGAGGACUGCAUCUACCAAUCAGCAAACGGGCUCCACUGCUGCGGAUUGAAGCUUGACCAGGCCCGAUCUGUGGUGCUUCAGCGGCCAGACCUGUGUGGGGUUGGGGACAGUCUCUCAUCUCUGAGCAACCUCAACCGAAGCCCAGGAGACAACAUCAUGUUUGCCCACAAGAGUCCCCCCAAUUCUCGGGCCAUUGAGAAUGGCUUGAGCGGUUGCAGCAAGUCCCCCAAGACUCCCUCAGGACUUAAAAGCACUGCCAGCAUUCGGGACAAGAUCUCCCAAUGGGAAGGUAAAACGGAGACCACCGGGGCAAACACCCAGACGACGGGACUGAAAGAGACUGAAGAUGGGAAGAAGAAGGUACAGCCGGAAGUACAAAGGAAAGACAGCAAGAGACUUUUCAACUGGGAGAGACAGAACGGUGGCAAAGAGAAUGGUAGCAAGUUUGGAGAACCUCUGCACACUUCUGAGGGACCUGUGAAAGAAAAAGAAUGGAUUUUGGACAAAUCGCCAUUGGGGAAAAUGACAGAAACUUGUCAGGACAAAAAGUCGGUGCUGACGCACAUUAAAAAACUUGAGCAAGCGAUGAAGGAGACUCCUUCCAAAUCAUCCUUGUCUAUGCCAGGCAAUUAUUUCUGCCCAGCUUCCAAAGAGGAGCAGGAAGAGGCAGAGAAGAGGGCUGCAGAACCGAUCUUCGGGACUCUAGAUGUGGUGAGAUCUGGCAGCCGUCGAAGUCGGGACCCUGAGAAUGUCUACAGCGAACCUGGAGCUCCUUCCAUUAACCCUUUACCAAAACCCCAAAGAACCUUUCAGCACCACACAAAGACAAACAACCCUGCGGACAACCACGGUUUUGUCAAGGGUAAACGAAAUCUUCCCCCUUUACCUUCCAUACCUCCCCCACCCCUUCCAUCCUGUCCUCCACCACCAGGGGUCUGUAGAAGACCAUCCGGACGAGCUCGGGACACUAAAAACAGGAAGUCCUACGAGUUUGAAGAUCUUCUACAGUCGUCAGCAGAAGGUUGUCGAGCAGAUCUCUACGAUCUAUCUAAGCUAGGCCUCACUCGCACUUUAUCAGAGGAGAACGUCUACGAGGAUAUCCUAGACCCUCCAUCGAAGGAGAACCCAUAUGAAGACAUAGAGUUGGAAAGCCGCUGUCUUGGGAGCAAGUAUCCCGUUCCUUCUUCCCCUUCCUCUCCCAUUUCUGACACUCCAUCCAAGCUCUCCUCCAAGCCUGGAUUCUUCAGGCAGAAUUCAGAGCGACGCAGUUUCAAGCUAUUGGAACUGCGUAAGACGGGCAGAGACGGCGGCAUCGCGUCCCCGUCCCGAGUCAGCCCUCCAUCAACACCCAGCAGCCCGGAUGACACCCCGUGCCUGUCAGGGGACCCCUACAACCGGCGGCGGAGAAAAAUUCCAAAGAUGGUGCAGAAAAUCAACGGCAUCUUUGAGGCCCGUAGGGGGAAGAAGAGGAUGAAAAGGGUCUCGCAGUCAACCGAGUCCAGUUCAGGAAGAGUAACAGACGACAACAGCGAGUCUGAAAGUGACACAGAGGAGAAACUAAAGGCUCACAGUCAGAGAUUAGUGUCGGUCCAGUCUAUGCUAAGGCAGACCGGUCGAUAUCGCACUCUGGAGCGAGACUUGAUGGAACUGCAGGAGAGGAAGUUGUUUGAGUACUUCCUGGUUGUGGCUCUUCAUAAGACCAAAGCCGGUGUGCCGUAUUUACCAGAAGUCACACAGCAGUUCCCUCUCAAGUUGGAACGAAGCUUUAAGUUUAUGCGAGAAGCUGAAGACCAGCUGAAAGUCAUUCCGCAAUUCUGUUUCCCUGACGCUAAAGACUGGGCACCUGUGGACAAUUUCCCCAGUGAGACUUUCUCGUUCGUCUUAACUGGAGAAGAUGGGAGCCGAAGAUUUGGCUACUGUCGACGCUUACUGCCCAGCGGUAAAGGGAGGCGUCUACCUGAAGUCUACUGCAUUGUGAGCAGAUUGGGCUGUUUUGAUCUGUUCUCUAAGAUCCUGGAUGAGGUAGAAAAGAGACGAGCAAUCUCUCCUGCGCUGGUCCAGCCUUUUAUGAGAGGAAUUAUGGAGGCUCCGUUCCCAGCGCCGGGCAGAACCAUCAGCAUUAAGAACUUUCUGCCGGGUUCAGGAACAGAGGUGAUAGAAUUAUGUCGGCCGUCAGAUUCCCGUCUGGAACAUGUGGAUUUCGAGUGUUUGUUUUCCUCUCUGAGCUUGCGUCUGCUUCUGCGGGUGUUUGCUUCUCUUCUUCUGGAGCGAAGGGUCAUCUUCACCGCAGAUAAACUCAGCACCCUGUCUAAAUGCUGCCAUGCCAUAGUGGCUUUGCUGUACCCGUUCACCUGGCAGCACACUUACAUCCCAGUCCUGCCACCUUCCAUGAUGGACAUCGUCUGUACGCCAACCCCCUUCAUUGUUGGGCUGCUGUCGAGCUCUCUGGUCCGUCUCAAAGAGCUCCCGCUAGAGGAGGUCCUGGUGGUUGACCUUGGCAACAGUCGUUUCCUGCGACAGAUGGAUGAUGAGGAUUCAAUUCUUCCUCAUAAACUCCAGGCUGCUCUAGAACACGUUCUAGAACGGAGGAAGGAACUGGCCUGUGACGUGGCAGAGAAUCCAAGCGAGCCCACUUCUCUGAGCAGCGUGGUGUCGGAGGCGUUCGUGCGUUUCUUCGUGGAGAUCGUGGGUCAUUACUCGCUCUUUAUGGGUGGCAGCGACCGUGAUGAGGAAUCCUCCGCUUCGUCUUCCUCCUCUCCAACUCCUUCGUCCUUCCAGCGUGAGGCUUUCCGUAAGGCCGUGUCCUCCAAGAGCCUGCGGAGAUUCCUGGAGGUCUUCAUGGAGACGCAGAUGUUUGCGGGAUUUGUGCAGGAAAGAGAAAUCCGGAGGCAGGGCCUGAAAGGUUUGUUUGAGAUGAGGGCUCAGGAUUACCUUGAUUCUCUGCCAGGCAGUGAGAACAGAGGCGUCAACAAGUUCCUCAAAGGUUUAGGACACAAGAUGAAAUUCCUGUCCAAAAAGUGAAAAGUGUGAAAAAUGUUAGACUCACUCUCACCAGAUCGUCUGACCAGCAGGACAGGCUACGGAGACCGGCAGAACCUGAGGACCAAAGUCAUGGAAACAACACUGUACAGAAACAAACCCAGUCCCUUCUAGUUCCCCAAACCACAAGGACCUUAAAGGACUUUACUGAAAGCACACAACAGAAGCGAUCAGGCCCUGUCGGUGAUUAUCUGUGUACAGUUCUCUCUCUCAUUUUAUACAUUUCAAACAUUUUUUAAGAGACAGUGUACAACUUCUUCUGAAACAGGAGGCUAUAAUUUAAUUUAUAUUCUUUCUAGAAAUAAUAAGACCUUUAUGACAUCCUCUGUAAAACUUUAUAUGUUUCCCUUAAAAUUAAAUAAAAUUGAAAAUGAUGUUGUUAGUCUAUUUAUCAUAGUAUAUUGCAGACUCAAGACCGUCGACCGCUUUGGGUUUCCGAGAAACACGCCACUGUGACUGAAUGAAGUUAUCUAGAAUCUUGGAACUGCAGGAUCGGAACUGUUCUAGAAUUAUCACGGAAAAGGUUCAGAACAAAGUUGCAGUUUGGAGAUGUUUUCUGUCUUAAGUACAUUUCAGGAACACCACUAGAGUUGAUUUGAACUUGAUUUUGUUUAAGUGUGCUUAAUAAACAGUUUUCUGUAUGAUUU